GCGCAAAGAUGGUGUAGAGGCAGACAUCCCCGUGGGCGUUUGGACGCCACGUCUGCCCCAGCGCCGAGCGCCAAGAGCCACGAAAUCUGAGUAUAGAAGUCACUAGUCAAUUGCACACACGCAUGCAAGAUUCAAGAUUACAUGGCCGCUCAGACAACAGCCUCAGCCUGCCCUUACGAUCGGGCACCGAGGGGAGCAUGCGCGCUCUGUUGCGCAGGGUGUCCGUCAUGGUCACCACUCGAGUGCUCGAUCGCCACUCACGACUCACUAAAGCGCCCACAAUUGGCCGGUAAUGUUGGAUCCAUGGUCAUUGAAGAAACAACAACAAGGAUGCAAGAGAUACGAGCAUCAUGUCUGCGGGUAUCGCGUGCGCAAUCAAACGCCAGUCACGAGUCACGAGUCAAGGCGGGCUGUGGGACCUGAGGCAAGUGCUUGAGCCCUCCAGCAAAGAACGCGUGAUGGCUCUGCUGAGACUCGGCACGAGCGCUAGGCCGCCGGGCCGCACGUGACAAGGCUCGAACGGGUCACCUAUCCACAUA